GGACAUCUAAUGUUAUACCCGGAUUGUGACAUAAGAGAUAAUGACAGUAGAGAGGAUUCUCCAGGUGAUAAUCCCAUUACCCCAAUUAUACAUCCUGCUCUAUCAGAUGAUCCCUCUGAUCCUGGGAAAUGUUCCUCUGAUCACUCUGAUAUUGGUGCAUCUGUUACAGCUCUGACAGUAGAUACAGUGUUUCCCUGUUCUAUAGAAGCCAAAUGUUUUACACAGAACACAAAGCUUAUUACCCAUCAACCAGCUAAGGCAGGUGAGAGGCCAUUUCCAUGCUCUGAAUGUGGGAAAUGUUUUACACUGAAAUCAGAUCUUGUUCUACAUGAGAGAAGUCACACAGGUAAGAAGCCAUUUCCAUGUUCUGAGUGUGGGAAAUGUUUUCUACAUAAGUCACAUCUUGUGAGACAUGAGAGAAGUCACACAAGCGAGAAACCAUUUCCAUGUUCUGAGUGUGGGAAAUGUUUUCUAGAGAAAUCACGUCUUGUUAUACAUGAGAGAAGUCACACAGGUGAGAAACCAUUUCCAUGUCCCGAGUGUGGAAAAUGUUUUGUACAGAAAUCAGAUCUUGUUACACAUAAGAGAAGUCACACAGGUGAGAAACCAUUUCUAUGUACUGAGUGUGGGAAAUGUUUUCUACAGAAAUCACAUCUUGUUAUACAUGAGAGAAGUCACACAGGUGAGAAACCAUUUCCAUGUUCUGAGUGUGGGAAAUGUUUUGUACAGAAAUCAGAUCUUGUUAUACAUCAGAGAAGUCACACAGGUGAGAAGCCAUUUCCAUGUUCUGAGUGCGGGAAAUGUUUUGUACAGAAAUCACAUCUUGUUAGACAUGAGAGAAGUCACACAGGUGAGAAGCCAUUUCCAUGUUCACAUAAGAGAAGUCACACAUGUUCUGAGUUUGAGAAGUAA